AUGCUGUUGCAACAACAACAACGUGCCAUGAUGCAACAGCAUCAACAACAGCAGCAGCAACAACAACAACAAGGUGAGAAACAAAGUGGUCGCAAGCGAUCGCUGCACGAUGGUAAGAAGAAGCUCCCGCUAACACAUCACCAACAACAAGUGUUGGCAUCGCAGACCUACGGCGGAAGCCCACAGCGCCGAUUCCUCUCCGAAGGUGAACUGGUACGCCAAGGCGCGAAUGAGCUUUCAUAUGCGCGCUCCAACAACACUGUGGACAAUAUACGCGAAUUGGCCGGAAGUCCACAGCGCGGCGUGUACAUGUGGAAGGACACAUCGCCCGGUUUCAGUAGCAGUAGUGGCAGCGCUAGCGGCGGCGGUGGUGGUGGCAUGCCACCCUCUUCCAUGGGCAUCGGCAGCAGUGCUGGCGGCACAAUGGGCAAUAGCAUACAUCACGCACAGUACAUCACAGUCGGCGGCAGCGGGCAGUCGCAUCCAUUGAUCAUGACGCAUUCGCGCAUGCAUCAACCAGGCGAAUAUAUGCCAGCUACGCAACAACAACAGCAACAGCAAUAUCGCUCUAAUCCAACCAGCCCCACAACCAUGCCAGCGACAUCGUCCUCGACCAACGCGCCAACCUAUAUGAUGCGUUACGGUGUCGGCAAUCCCGUCGCUUCACAGCCAAAUAACUACGUGCACACAUCACAGGCGCUAACGAAUUCGACCGUCGGCGGUUAUCAGCCGCAAUUGCGAGGCGGCGUAGCCGUCUUUCCACCCAAUCCCAGUGGGCCGGGUGUGGGCGUCGGUGUUGGCGGUGGCGCCGGCAUCGUCACACAAUUGCAAACACAGCCAUCGCCGCAAGUGAAGCGAAAACAAACACCCACGCGCCCCAUGUCAUUUGUGCGCGCACUCGAAAUGACCGAUUCGAUGGAAAUGCAAACACUCGAGCAGCAACAGCAGCAGCAACAGGGUCGCGGCGUCGGCAAUAUGCCGGCAUCAGCCGUUGGCGGACCGGGUGCACAGCAUUUGGUGGGCGGCGCACGCACCACCACACCGACACCGGAGCGCGCGAGCGUCUACGAUAUGAAUUACGAGAUUUCCGUAUAA